UAUUCGGUCCUAUCCCUUGCAAGGUGUACGGGUUUCGUUAUUUGUAGUAAAUUAUACGGCUCUUUUGUAACAAUGGAAUUGCAAGCAAUGGAAAUUAAUCCUGAGAUGCUGAACAAAGUGAUGGAUAAGGUUGGUGUUUUAGAUAGCUGGAAGUUUGUGGAUGUACUAAGUUUGGAGGAAGGAUUACUUUCAUCUGUUCCCACUCCUGUCUGUGCAGUGCUGCUGCUUUUUCCUCCCACUAAACAGCAUGAGAACUUCAGAGAAAAACAAAUAUCAGAGCUUAAGGAUAAAGAAGUGAAUUCUAAAGUGUAUUUUUUGAAGCAGACUAUUGGUAACUCAUGUGGUACAGUUGGCCUCAUUCAUGCUGUUGCUAAUAACAAAGAGAAACUGAGUUUUGCGGAAAAAUCUGUUUUAAAAGACUUCUUAGAAGAAUCUUCUGGCCUUAAACCUGAUGAAAGGGCAUCACUUCUUGAAAAAAAUAAGGCUAUACAGUCCGCUCAUAACUCUGUGGCAGCCGAAGGACAAUGUAGGGUAAACGAUGAGCUGAACUUCCACUUCAUAUUAUUUACUGCAGUAGAUGGCUCUCUCUAUGAGCUUGAUGGUAAGCUUCCAUUUCCUAUCAGCCAUGGCACUACAUCUGAAGACUCUUUAUUGAAGGAUGUUGCAAAAAUCUGCCGACAGUUUACAGAACGUGAGAAGGGAGAAGUCCGUUUCUCUGCUGUAGCUCUUAGCAAAUCUGGAUAAGUUUUUCAUGAUCAGUGUCAUAUAGUUGAAAUUCUACUUAAGUACAGCUUUAAAUUAUUUAGUAAAUAUUUAGUUUCAUUGUACAUUGCUUGUACAAGAUGUGUGCAGUCAUCUGGAUGUCUGGUUUUUUUUGAAGCAAUUUGAUUGAAUGCUUUUCACUAAUGCUUUGCUGCUGACAACUUUGAAGCACUUGUUCUGAGAAUAAAGUUGGCCUUUUAGGCACAAAAAAAAAGAAA